GGCGGUUAUGUUUUGACGUUUUGAUUUUUUUUUCGAAUGACAAUGGAAAUUAGUGCUAUGGCACCGAUGCCUUUGGACUUCUCUAUGGUGAGAAAUGUUUCGCCUGGCUUGCGGGAGGAAUCGCCGAAACCGAUCUCUAACAGUGCGUUUCGUGUCGUCACUCCGAAGGGAUUAUCAGCUAGUGAAGCCCUUCGGAAUGGUCUGUGCCAAUCGCUAUGGGGCGCAUCCAGCGCUCGACCCGAGAUGAGGUUGACCCCGCCACCUGUGAACAAUGAUGUUUAUCCUAACAGAGAUGAAAUCAAAUUCGGCAUCAACCGUCUGGUCGGUGAAAGAACAGACGAAGAAGACAGCGAAUCACACAACAACGAAACCAGAACAGAAGACAUCUCCCCCACUUCCCAAUGCGGGAGCCCUUGCUGGGCACCGUCCCCACAAUCCCCUAGAUCUGUCCGAUCAACGUCACCAGAACUAGAGGUGGACUCUCCCCCAUCAUCACCGCGACGACCGCCAGACUCCUCCCCACCGCUCAAACGGUCUGAAGCAUUUUCUGUCAGCGCUCUCCUAAGGCCAGACGCGCCAAGAACACAACCACACAGACCGUUCUUAUACCCACCAUUGCCUUUCGCGGAGUUUUUGCGAGAUGCAGGCAGUCUGGGUCUGCCAGGAUGGGGGGGUUAUAGCAAUCUUUACUUGCACGCUGUGCAAGCGGCUGGGCCGGAAUUGUUACGGCUUCGAGCAGCUGUUUUAGGGAAUCCCAGUCCUCUUUCCCGGCCGUUGCCUAUUGGAGAUGUGUAUUCUUGUGUUAAGUGUGAAAAGAUGUUCAGUACUCCGCAUGGGUUGGAGGUUCACGCGAGGAGAUCGCAUAAUGGGAAGCGGCCGUUUGCUUGCGAACUCUGUAGCAAGACUUUUGGACAUGAAAUUAGCCUUAGUCAACAUAGGGCUGUGCACAGCGUGGAGAAAGUGUUCGAAUGCAAGCAGUGCGGGAAGACGUUCAAGCGGUCGAGCACCCUAUCUACCCACCUCCUCAUCCACUCUGACACCAGGCCCUACCCCUGUCAAUACUGCGGCAAGAGGUUCCACCAGAAAUCAGAUAUGAAGAAGCAUACUUAUAUACAUACUGGUGAAAAGCCGCACAAGUGCCAAGUGUGUGGCAAGGCCUUCAGCCAGUCUUCGAACCUGAUCACACACUCCCGCAAGCACACAGGCUUCAAGCCUUUCGCCUGUGAGCUGUGUGGGCGCGCCUUUCAGCGUAAAGUGGACUUGCGCAGGCACAGAGAGACGCAACACGCUGAUCUGCGUAAUGCGCAGCAUAUGCCGACGCAUACUGAUGUCCAUGCUAUGCACCCGGAUAUGCACGUGCCGGAUCAUAGGAUAGAUAUGCGUCCGCACCCAGAGCUGCGGCAGGACUACCGAAUCACACCGGUGCCGCCUUUGCAGCCACUACCCUCUUGAAGCACGACAGCCUUCGCGCCCUGGCGCUGAGGCUCUAGCUAAUUGCUUACCAAAGACGUUUGUGAUCAGGUGUUAUACAAUAGAUGAAAAUUUUGCAGGAAUUUUUCUUGGAAAAAUUUAGGGAAAAAAUUAUUUAAGACAAUGGUAACCAAAGAAUGCAUAAUAUGUAACAUACUUAAAUCGUUUUGCCGUUAUUCAUCCAAAGAGGUUAAAAAUAUAGAAUAAUUAAUAGAGUAGGUAGUUAGGUUCCAUACGCUCAUUGAUAUAUUUAAUUUAUAAUUUACAAUUCUUUAUUUCGUUGAUUUUAUGACAUUCUUUUUAAAUUUUGUGUAUAAAAGAUUUUAUAUCAAGCACCUUCAGCUAUUGUAUAACAUCACUGUUUAAUAAUUAAUGUAUCUAAAUUAGUAAUUACCAUGAUAAAAUCACUCUAUCUUACUCUAACACACAAAUAUGGUAUAGAAAGAGUGAGAUAACAUGAUUUAUCGUUCUUCAAUUUAUAUAAAGCAUAAUUAUAUUAAAGAUAAAAUGGCCUAAGAGGUAUGUUACCAAUGAAUAAGUAAAAACAUUCGUAAGGCAUGUACGCAUUCGUAAGGAGUUUUUGAUCUCAGGCUAAGAAAAAUGUAUGAAUAAUUUUCCAUUUAGAUUUUUAUUAUGUCCUAAUAUUAGGUCAUAGGUUUUCGAUUUAACGAUAACUGUACUUUACUUUCAUUCCUCUUUCGAUAUAAUCACAUUUUAAUACCUACGUUUAUUUUAGAAUUUAAAAAAUAAAAUAAUAAAAUAAUGCAUACUUAUCUGUUUAGUAGAGUAUCAUUUAAUGUUUUUCGUUUUUCUUUAAGAAUACUAAAUAAUUAUUAUUAUUUUAGUAAUUUUUAAAUGUUUAUUGGACUGUUGGAUCCAUUCCACAUUAUAUUCCAUACUUUCCAUUCCAAUAAAAUAUAAUACGGUUAGAAUUGUAUUAUAACAUUUUUUGUAUUUACAGGGAAAAUAUGUUUAUCAUUAUUUUUUGCAUUAAUAUCAAUAUGUAAUCCCUUUUAUUAAGCGGUUUAUAUGCUGUAAGAAAAUAUUCCAUUUAUUUUGCAUUCCAAAGAAACAACACAAAAAGACAUUAGCCAUAAAAAUACCAAAGAUUAACAAAAUUUUUGUUUAAAAAUAUUUUAUUAAUUCAUUCAUAGAGAUUUUCUUUUUAAAAUAUAGUUUAUGCCUAGGCGCUUUUACCUAUCCUGUUUUACCUAUCAAUUGUAUCCAAAGCCUAUAAAAAGUUAUUAGUUUUUGACAAAUAUAAAAUUUUAUUUUAAAUCUACAUUCAUGUUAUGUUUUUUUGUAUAUAUUAGAGUUAGGCCAAUGCUACACGUUACGUCUGGCUUGUCAAGCAAAUUUGAACAACCAUAAUUUUAAAACAUUACCGAACUCUACAAAGACAUUUGUUAAACUUAACAAUUAACUGUAUAAGUGUAUCAUCUAUGUAUACGUUAAAUAAUAUAAAUGUACAUAGAUUUUAAUGUAAUAUACCGAAAUUAUAUCGAAUAUUGCUAGGAAAAUUGUUAUCUUUGGACUAAUUUUACACUGUGAAAUACAUUAAACCAAUCAUCCAGUUUUAACAUUAAGGUAUUGAAAUUAAGAAUAAAAUAUUCCUAGUACGUUUUUGUACAACUCUGUUCUUAUAUAAAACUAUUGUGUCCCACAAUUCACAAAUAAAAAAUUUUGCUUUUAAGACUCCCAUCAAAGACGAUUUUUCAUGAAAAUCAAUUCUUUAUUGUCUUCAAACAUUGUAUCUAAAUUAAAUUUUAUUCCAAUAAUUAAUUAGUGUAAAUAAAAUACUAUUAAAAUAAAACACAAAAUAAAAAUGUUUCCAUCAUG